AAUCAAAUUUUUUCCAAUAAAAUUAACUGAUUCCCUUUCUUCUUUCCUAUGUCUAUGCCGUCUUCAGCUCCAGCCAUCCUUUUCCGGUUUCACAAGAAAACGCUGUUUCUCUCUCUCUUUUGUUUCUUUCAACUUUACGUCUAAAAAAAAAAGCAAACUUGUAAACAUUUCAACUUUCAGCAGGCUUCAUUCUUUCUCUGUCAGAGAAUCAAAGACUAGGGAACUUAAGAUGUCGACAAUGGGAAAUUCAACAAAUAUAUUUUGGCAAGAAUUACCAGUUGGGAAGCUUGAAAGGCAGAAGCUCCUUAACCAGAAGGGCUGUGUUGUAUGGAUCACGGGUCUCAGUGGAUCAGGUAAAAGCACACUUGCAUGUUCACUAAGUUGGGAACUGCAUACAAGGGGAAAGCUAUCUUACAUACUUGAUGGGGACAACCUUCGGCAUGGAUUAAACAAGGAUCUUGGUUUCAAGGCAGAAGAUCGAACAGAAAAUAUACGCAGGGUUGGUGAAGUGGCAAAGCUCUUUGCAGAUGCUGGUUUAAUCUGCAUUGCCAGUCUAAUAUCUCCGUACAGGAAAGACCGUAAUGCAUGCCGUGCAAUGUUGCCAGAUGCUAAUUUUAUAGAGGUUUUCAUGAACAUGCCACUGGAAUUGUGUGAAGAGAGAGAUUCAAAAGGUCUUUACAAGCUUGCACGUGCUGGAAAGAUUAAAGGUUUUACUGGCAUAGAUGAUCCUUACGAACAGCCACUGAACUGUGAGAUAGAAAUAAAUCAGAAAGAUGGAAUUUGCCCCACACCGGGUGCCAUGGCAGGGGAAGUGGUUUCUUACUUGGAGGAGAAAGGGUAUCUGCAAGAUUAGUGACUAACUCUCUGUUGACAUAGUCAAGUGUUCUCGAAGGCGAUCAUAUUUAAAACUUUACUCUUUGGAUCCAAUUUUCUUGCUGCAACACCACUUGCUCAGAUGGUGGUUAGUUAGUUCUAAUUACAUCAUCUAGUAGUUUGAAAUGAGUAUUCUUUUGUCCAAGUAAUUGUUAUUUUUGAGUGACAGGGUUUCGAGUUAUGGGCACAUCCGGUCAUUAACAAUCAUUAUUUUACUGGAAAUUCCAGAUUCUGGUCCUCGAAUUUGUUACUUAUAUUCUGGAUAUAUGUUAAUGAACACCACCUGUGCCUCAGAUUGAAUUUUUUUAUAAUAUAAUUACGGUAUAUUCUACUCCGAAAGGCAAGUGCAUUUGGUGCACUUCUUCACUGGAGGUGAAAGCUUUUCUAGGUAUUGCCCUGGUUAUACAAUGUCAUGGAAUGGAAUUACCACGAUGUUUAAGCAUGGUAGCAAAGUAGUCCUGGCUGGCUUAAACUCCUGAGUGGUGCAUUCAGGGUUGGUCCUGAAAAAUGUGGUAUGCAUCUUCAGGUCCGAGCUGUGUGGAUUGCACGCUGCGGAAUUUGGUAAGCUGUUAACGGCAAAGUGCCUGUGAGCAGCAUGUGUUAGCCCCAACAAAUACACCUUAGGUCAUAAGCCAUGGCUGAUGCAAGUCUGCAUAAUCUUGAAUAACUCUAGGUUUCAAUUUUAUUCACAUUUCAUUCUGUUACAAGGUGCAGCCUGAAGACUGAACCAAUUACAAAUGGUAACAGCUAUGAGCUAACCCUAACUGAAUUAAACUGACUUCGAACUUUGAAUGAUCCUUAUUUAUUAUGAUUAUAUUAAGUAAAAUUAUUACUAAAAGGCAAGAUAUUUAUAUAUAUAUAUAUAUAUAUAUAUAUAUAAAGUUGAAGAAGACAAUUAAAUUAAAACGGACCGUUUUUGUUAUUCAUGAACAGCAAGGCACCAACGACAAGAAGGAUAAUAUUUAUGAACUUUACUAUAUUCCUAUGCCUAAACGACUAACGACCCAACCUUAACCUGCUUCUGACGACGCCGUAUUCUCCGGAGACGGAACCAUCCAGAAAUGAGCUUCACGCCUCAGCUCCAU